GUGGUGACGUCGGUGGCUGAUGGCGAGCUGGGUUCCAGCUGUGUAGUCACACGGGGUGACAUGAGUCUGUUCGAUCUGUUCAGGAGAUUCUUCGAUACCGGGAGUAGGAGAGACCCAUUCUUUGGUGGGAUUACUCUUGAAGACGAAGAUGAUGAUGGGGAUGAAGUAGAAGAUUCUGGGUACCCAUUUGGCAACCCUCCCACGUUUAACUUUGGCUUCUCCUUUGGGCCAAGUCACAACCCUUUCAAGGAGUCAUUUGGCUUUGAGGGAUUGUUUCAGGAUUUCAACGAACUUUUUGCGGAUUUCGGCUCUCUUGAUGUGCAAAUUCCAGAGCUGCAUGGCAUUGAAUCUCCACCCCAAAGGCCAGAAGGUUAUGGAGCAAAAACAUUAAGGGAUUCUAUGCUUAAAUAUCCGGAUUCUCACCUACCAAAGGAGCAGCAUCCACUCCCACGGAUACCAGCUAAUCCAGACGUACCCAGGCUCCCAAGACGAAUACCAUGGGAUGAUUAUUCAUUCCGAAUCCCACAAACAGACUCAAAGGAAGACCGAGAUCUGGAUUCAGAAGUAUCCUCUAAGGGUUUGGAUGCCUUCUUGGGCCCAUCAGGACCUAAGUCUUCUUCCUAUUUCCAGAGUGUGUCUGUUUCCAGAGUGACGAAAGCCGAUGGGACUACAGAAGAGCGACGAACUGUGACAGACGGACACGGAAAACAAACCACCAGUGUGACUGUCCGCCGUGGGGACCAGAUUCUCAGUAGCACAACAGAGAACCCUUGCCAGGGUGCCCUCAUUGCAGGCGAUCAACUGGAUGCUGCACGUGACCAUCUCCAUGAAAACUUCGAUAUAUCUGAUUCCCAAACGCUUCUACGCAGAAUACUCCAGAGGUGGUUCUCACAGUGAAGGCCUUAUUUCUUUUUAUCAUUAUUUAUCCCAAAAAUAAAAGUCAU